CCCGGUAAAUUUUAUUCCUAAAUCGUAUAGAGAACAAUCAGGACAAAAAUAAAAUUCAGAAUCUUUGCAGCGGAACGUAACAAACAGAGUCUUAACCGAAAUUUGACUUUCUUUCAUUUGUUUUCUUCUUCUCAAAAGGUAGUAGCCGGCUCUUCUCGUCUUUUUCUUCAAGCUCUCUCUCAUGGAUUCUCUCUCGGUCUCAUUUCGAGCUGCUUAAAAAAGAUAGGUUUUCUGUGAUCGCUUGGAUUGAGAGAAUUUGAAGAGCCAUGGACUCUGUGGCUACUCAUGACGAAGAGUCACCACUCAUUGUCAACGAUUUGGAGAUCAAAAACCCCAAGAACUAUGCGAGAGACAUUCAUAUUCUCAGCUGGGCUUUCUUGUUGAUCUUUCUCGCUUAUGGAGCCGCCCAGAACUUGGAGAGCACUGUCAACAAUGAGCAGGAUUUGGGGACCACUUCUCUUGGGAUAUUGUAUGUAUCUUUCACAUUUUUCUCUCUGCUGGCUUCUUUGGUGGUUCGGGUACUGGGUUCAAAGAACGCUUUAAUUCUUGGGACCACUGGCUACUGGUUGUUCGUAGCUGCAAAUUUGAAGCCAACGUGGUACACGAUGGUUCCAGCUUCUUUAUACCUUGGGUUUGCUGCUUCAAUAAUAUGGGUUGGUCAGGGGACAUAUCUAACUGCUACAGCACGUGGUCAUGCAAGGGAUUAUAAAUUACAUGAAGGAACAAUUAUUGGCAACUUCAAUGGAGAGUUUUGGGGUUUGUUUGCCCUUCACCAGUUUGUUGGAAAUCUUAUCUCACUGGCCCUCCUAAAAGAUGGAGAGGAUGGAAGUACCAGCGGCACAACUUUAUUGUUCGUUGUGUUUCUUUGCAGUAUGACUUUGGGUACCAUACUUAUGUGCUUCUUACAAAAGAGGGACAGUAAAGAGCAGGAUGACCUUCAAGAUUCGUCUGUUUCCUUGUAUGCUUCUUUGGCAUCUCUAUGGAAGUCAGCAAGCCUUCUUUUGUCUAAUGUGCAGAUGCUAUUAGUCAUUCCACUAAUUGCAUAUUCAGGACUACAACAAGCAUUUGUAUGGGCUGACUUCACCAAAUCUGUCGUAACUCCAGCAAUGGGUGUGUCUGGUGUUGGUGGUGCAAUGGCAGUUUAUGGUGCUUGUGAUGCAAUAUGUUCACUGGUUGCUGGUCGACUUACUUCUGGUCUCAAAUCAAUCACUCUGAUAGUUUCUGGCGGUGCUCUUUUCCAAGCAAUUGCAUUCUUCUGGCUCCUUUUAAAAUACAGCCCGACAAGCGGAGUGCUUGGCACUAUAUGUCCACUUCUUAUGGCAGCUAUAUUGGGCAUUGGUGAUGGAGUAUUUAAUACACAGCUUAGUGCUUUGCUUGCAUUACUCUUCAAGCAUGAUAUGGAAGGAGCAUUUGCACAGCUGAAGUUGUGGCAAAGUGCUUCUAUUGCGGUGGUGUUCUUUCUGAGUCCGCACAUCUCAUUGCAGGCAAUGUUGGUAAUUAUGCUUGUUGGAAUAUUCAUUUCAUAUGGUGGUUUUCUUUUUCUUACUCUUCGAGUCGAGAAAGCUUUCAUCUCUUCUGUAUCCGAUGCUUAAGCAUGGAAGCAUGCGUUUCAAGAACAUACAAGCUGAUAUCAAUUUAUGAAUAGCUACCAGUAAAUUUACCACAUGAAAAAUGUUCUGUAUUUUUUUUUUCUUUCUUUUUCUGAAUAUGCAUCUACUUGAAGUUGUAAUCAGAAACGGUAGUCCAGAAUGCAUGAAUGAAGCAUUUUCGGUUGGUAAAUUUUAUUGUGUGCCACAAAUGGAUACUUGAAAAUAAUUUGUUUGGAAGUGAGCUUGUUAUACAUAAUAGCUAAGUAGCAGAGAGGUAAAUUUGUUCGUGUAAUCAACUAUGUAAAACGAAGUAGUAAUAACAAAAACCUUUUUUCUGAAUAUGCA